GCCUUAGAGUUUUCUAACCCAUGUCAUUGAAGAAUCCAUUAAAAAGACAGCUGAAAAAUGAGGAAGAUGGAAUCAUUAUCUUUGAGUGGUAAGUUAACAUGAUGGAUUUCUCCAAGCUACCCAAAAUACGUGAUGAAGAUAAAGAAAGCACGUUUGGUUAUGUGCAUGGGGUCUCAGGACCUGUGGUUACAGCUUGUGACAUGGCAGGUGCAGCCAUGUAUGAACUGGUGAGAGUGGGCCACAGUGAGUUGGUUGGAGAGAUUAUCCGAUUGGAGGGUGACAUGGCCACUAUCCAGGUGUAUGAAGAAACCUCUGGUGUGUCUGUUGGAGAUCCUGUACUCCGCACUGGUAAACCCCUCUCAGUAGAGCUUGGUCCUGGCAUUAUGGGAGCCAUUUUUGAUGGUAUUCAAAGACCUUUGUCAGAUAUCAGCAGUCAGACUCAAAGUAUUUACAUUCCCAGAGGAGUAAAUGUGUCUGCUCUUAGCAGAGAUGUCAAAUGGGAUUUCACACCUUGCAAAAACCUACGGGUUGGUAGUCACAUCACUGGUGGAGAUAUUUAUGGAAUUGUCAUCGAGAACUCCCUCAUCAAACACAAAAUCAUGUUGCCCCCACGAAACAGAGGAACUGUCACUUACAUUGCUCCACCUGGAAAUUACGAUACCUCUGAUGUUGUGUUGGAGCUUGAAUUUGAAGGUAUAAAGGAGAAGUUCAGCAUGGUCCAAGUAUGGCCUGUACGUCAGGUUCGGCCUGUCACUGAGAAGUUGCCAGCUAAUCAUCCUCUGUUGACUGGCCAGAGAGUCCUUGAUGCCCUUUUUCCGUGUGUACAGGGAGGAACUACUGCAAUCCCUGGGGCUUUUGGCUGUGGAAAGACGGUGAUAUCGCAGUCUCUAUCCAAGUAUUCCAACAGUGAUGUGAUCAUCUAUGUAGGAUGUGGUGAGAGAGGAAAUGAGAUGUCUGAAGUCCUCCGGGACUUCCCAGAGCUCACGAUGGAAGUUGAUGGUAAGGUAGAGUCAAUUAUGAAGAGGACAGCGUUGGUAGCCAAUACCUCUAAUAUGCCUGUUGCUGCUAGAGAAGCCUCUAUUUAUACUGGAAUUACACUGUCAGAAUAUUUCCGUGACAUGGGCUAUCACGUCAGUAUGAUGGCUGACUCUACCUCUAGAUGGGCUGAGGCUCUUAGAGAAAUCUCUGGUCGCUUAGCUGAAAUGCCUGCAGAUAGUGGAUAUCCUGCAUAUCUCGGUGCCCGUCUAGCCUCAUUCUACGAGCGAGCUGGCAGAGUGAAAUGUCUUGGAAAUCCUGAGAGAGAAGGGAGUGUCAGCAUUGUAGGAGCAGUUUCUCCACCUGGUGGUGAUUUUUCUGAUCCAGUUACAUCUGCUACUCUUGGUAUUGUUCAGGUGUUCUGGGGCUUAGAUAAGAAACUAGCUCAACGGAAGCAUUUCCCGUCUGUCAACUGGCUGAUCAGCUACAGCAAGUACAUGCGUGCCUUGGAUGAGUACUAUGACAAACACUUCACAGAGUUUGUUCCUCUGAGGACCAAAGCUAAGGAGAUUCUGCAGGAAGAAGAAGACUUGGCAGAAAUUGUACAGCUUGUGGGAAAGGCUUCACUAGCAGAAACAGAUAAAAUCACUCUGGAGGUAGCAAAACUUAUCAAAGAUGAUUUCCUUCAACAAAAUGGAUAUACUCCUUAUGACAGGUUCUGCCCAUUCUACAAGACAGUAGGGAUGUUGUCCAACAUGAUUGCAUUUUAUGAUAUGGCCCGCAGAGCUGUUGAAACCACUGCCCAGAGUGACAAUAAAAUCACAUGGUCCAUUAUCCGUGAGCACAUGGGAGAGAUCCUCUAUAAGCUUUCCUCCAUGAAAUUCAAGGAUCCAGUGAAAGAUGGUGAGGCAAAGAUCAAGGCCGACUAUGCACAACUUCUUGAAGAUAUGCAGAAUGCAUUCCGUAGCCUUGAAGAUUAGAACUGUGAUUUCUUUCCUCCCUUUCCUCAGCAAGCUCUCAUAUGUGUAUAUUUUCCUAAAUUUCUCAUCUCAAACCCUUUGCUUCUUUAUUGUGCAGCUUUGAGACUAGUGCCUAUGUGUGUUAUCAUUUGUUUCCCUGUUUAUUUGGUAGGUUUUAUAUAAAACAAACAUUCCUUUGUUCCAGUGUUUGAAGGGCCUCCCUCAUCCUUUCUCCAAAGUGGUGAAUGUAGUAAAUAGGAUAUACAAUGCCUACACUACUGUAAACUUGUAUGUAGGGUGACGUCUCUCCUUGUCCUACGUUUGCCCUUUCCUCAUCGCCAUUAAAUUGUAAACAAGACUACUGCGUGUACUCUCUUUGCAAUGGAUUUGGAAUGGAAGGCCAGACUUCUAUACAUUUUGUCAGGUUCUUUGUGAAAUGACUCAAUAUCUGUGUGGUAAAGUUAUUUUGUAGCUUAGCAUUCUGCUAAGUAACCUGCUUUGUAGGAAAUAAUUACUUUUUAAAAACAUGAAUAAUUAAUGUUUGUAUUAUGUGUUGCUUCCCCCAGUGUAAAUCAAGAAUAUUUGUGGCAAACUGUUGAGAACUGUACUGUUUUUAAAGCAGGCAUUUGUGGGACUCAACACAAUAGAUGAAUCAGUGCCCUCUUAAAAAGUAAAAAAGGAGCCAGGGGAUCAAACUUAGAUUAACAUCAUCUUGUUAAAGCCUAUUUUAUUUCAUUAGGAAAAAUUCGGUAUCAAGGAUUAUUAUACUGCAUUACUAGGAAAUUCUUUUUAAAAUUACAUUUAAAACAAUCACCGAGAACUUAAUCCACAUCACACCCUCUUUUUUUUCCUCAAACAUCGUAGAAGCCUAAGCUUCUGAGAAUCAUGUGGCAAUGUCGUGGGCAGUAAAAUGCCACAGAGAAGAUAUUUAGUAGUGGUUAAAGGCUUUUUGCACCUUUAAGGACCAGCUGGGCUUUAGUGAUUCUUGGGGCCAGAGUGGCAUUAUGUUUUUACAAGAUAAUGACAUUUGUCACAUGUUUGUUUGUUUGCUAAUUGAAUUUUUGAACAACCAGCUUCGUGAUUGUAAAAAAUAUUAUUCUUUCAUGUGGUUUUUGAUUCACUGGCUCAAAAGAUUUCCUAGAAUACCUGUAGCUGUAGCAGCAUAACAGUUUCCAUUCUGUUUCAUAGGGAUGAAGUUAAUUCUUAUAUCUGCUGAUAACAGAAUCUGGGUCAUGUG